CGUGGAACUUAUUAAUACAAGUGAUCGACUUCCUUUCCUGUUAGCAAGCAAUAAUGGAGAUGUAAUUAAAUGGAUGAUCGACUUCAAUCUCCCUCAUCUGUUUAAUCUCGCUCAUCUUUUCUUGAAGUACUGGGGUUUGCUCUGUCUAGCUGGUUCUCUUUGUGAAAUUUUAUUUGGAAACUCUGCAACUAAAUCUCUUGUAUGGAGUGUUUGGCCCCAAUCUUGGGUGAGAUUUUGGGUCCUAUGUGUGACUCAAUGUGCUCCCGGGUCGUCAAUGCCAUAAGGUUCAAAUCAAACGUCCUAGCUCUUAACGAUGUGAUGGAGAGAUUAGUUGAGCUUAAGGGCAACAUAAAUGAAGACCACAGAGAUAAACCAUUUAGACUCAAGCUAAUGGGGUGGCAAAGAAAUGCUGAGGAGGUUAUCACUAAAGCAAGGUCCAAACUUGAGGAACUGGUUUCGUGUGGUAAGUCCUUGAAAUCCAGGCUGAGCAGGGAACUCGUCAGGAUUCUCAACGAAGCUAGAAUGCUCGAAAAGGAAGGUUUAGAUCUUUUAGACAUGAUAGCUGUGGCUUCUGUACAGGAAAGAGUUGAACAUGUUCCAGGAGUUUCAGUACUUUAUCAAACAACCGCUUCGAGUAUGUUAGUUAAAAUUACAGAUGGUUUGAGGAGCAGCGAGGUUCAGAAGAUUGGUAUUUGGGGUAUGGGUGGAGUGGGGAAAACGACAUUGGUGAGAACGUUGAACAAUAAGCUUCAGAAAGAGGCUGCUACUCAACCAUUUGGCUUGGUGAUCUUUGCUACAGCAUCCAAAGACUUUGAUCCGAGAACGGUCCAAAAGCAGAUCGCUCAGAGACUAGAUAUCGACACCAGGUUGGAAGAAACUGUAGAGAGGCUGGCAAGAAGGAUCUAUGUGAGGCUUGAGAAAGAGACCAACUUCCUUCUUAUUCUUGAUGACGUGUGGAAAGAUAUUGAUUUAGAUCUUCUGGGCAUUCCACGAACAGAAGAGAAGAAGGGUUCAAAAAUCAUUCUCACUUCCAGGUUUCUAGAAGUCUGUCGUAGCAUGAGGACAGAUCUUGAUGUGAGGGUGGAUUGCUUGUGGGAAGAAGAAGCUUGGGAACUGUUUUGCCAGAAUGCAGGAGAGGUUGCAAGAUCAGAUCUUAUUGAGCCCAUUGCAAAAGCAAUUUCACUUGAGUGUGGCGGGUUGCCCUUGGCUAUCAUCACAGUCGGGACAGCUUUAAGGGGAAAGACAAAUGUCAAGUUGUGGAAACACGCCUUGAAUCAGCUAAGUAGAUCGGUACCUUGGGUCACAAGCAUUGAAGAGAAGAUCUACCUGCCUUUGAAACUGAGCUACGACUUGUUGGCAGGAAAGCCAAAAUCUUGUUUUCUUCUUUGUGCUUUGUUUCCUGAAGACUACUCCAUUGAAGUUACGGAGCUCGUGAUGUAUUGGAUUGCUGAAGGAUUGAUGGAGGUACAAGGUUCCCGCGAGGAGUACAUGGACGAAGGAAUCACAAUUGUGGAGAGCUUAAAGGACUACUGCCUGCUAGAAGAUGGUUCUCGCAGUGGAACAGUUAAAAUGCAUGAUGUUGUCCGAGAUUUUGCGAUAUGGAUUAUGUCUUCCGCACAAAAUGAUUGUGAUUCGCUUGUCAUGCCCGGUACAGGUUUGCAAGAGAUUAGACAAGACAAAUUUACUCCUUCGCUUCGAAGGGUUUCUUUGAUGAACAAUAAGCUCGAAAGGCUUCCUUGUCUCGCAGAAGAGUACUGCAUGGAAGCCUCAACCUUACUGCUACAGGGAAACUCUCUUCUACAAGAAGCACCAGAGGGGUUCUUGCAAGCAUUCCCAGCUCUUCGGAUCUUGAAUCUAAGUGGGACACGCGUGAAUUCCCUGCCCCAUUCCUGUUUGCAGCUUUCCAAACUUCAUUCUCUUUUCUUAAGAGGAUGUGUUAAACUUACAGAACUACCUUCUCUAGAAACUCUUGCCAAACUUGAGCUACUGGAUCUAUGUGGCACACAUAUCAAAGAAUUCCCAAAAGGGCUAGAAAAGCUGGAGAGCUUUAAACACCUUGAUCUUUCGCAAACAAUUCACCUCGAAACUGUUCCAGCUAGAAUUGUUUCGCAGUUAUCAAGUUUGGAGACACUAUAUAUGACAUCAAGUCACUACCAUUGUGUAAAGGGAGAAGAACAAGAAGGCCAAGCAACACUUGAAGAGAUUGCAAGCGACGGUUUACAGGUGCUGUCUAUAAGUCUUACUUGUUCUCCGUCUUUUCUAACAAAGAGCAACUCUUGGAUCAAAAGACUAAAGAAAUUUCAACUUAAGGUGGGCUUUUGCUACGUUUUUCCUAUGAGACACGAUAAGAGGAGGCUAACAAUAGGUAAUCUCAACUUAUCACAAGUAUCCAUGGAGUGGCUCGUUGCUUGUACAACCUCUGUAGCACUGAACAAUUGUGAAGGGCUCCAAGGAAUGAUGAAUAAAUUGCUCAUUGGUAGCAAGACAUUCGUGAAUUUGAAAUCUCUGAUUAUUGAGGUUGCUAAGUUGAGUGGUGGGAUAGAGAAGGCAUCCACCGAAAGUCCAAAAGGAUCCUCCACAACUCCAGAUAUACUUCCAUUUCUGGAGGAACUUCGCCUGCGCAAAGUUAACUUGGUCUCCCUUUCGGAACUACAAGCACAGCUAGGGUUGAGAUUGGCAGCUCUUAAACUACUUGAGGUCAGCAUGUGCCGCAAACUUGAAACACUCAUUGAGGUAGACAUGUUCACUAUGCCAAACCUGGAGGAGAUAGAUAUUUACGAAUGUGACUCCUUGCGGAAUCUACGCCAAACUCUUAAUGGUCCACAAAAACCUCUCUUACCAAAGGUACGUAUCAUGAAACUGGGAAAUCUUCCACUGCUGAGGAGUGUUUGCUACAAAGAAGAGAGUUGGGAGUGUCUUGAACAGGUGGAAAUCAGAAACUGUGGUUACCUACAUACUUUACCUAUAAGCUCCAAAACUUGUGGAAGAAUCAAGGAAAUAAAAGGAGAUGAGAGUUGGUGGAAACGUUUGACAUGGUAUAAUCCUUCUUUAGAAACUCUUGAACCUUGUUUCAGGCCAUUGAAAGAAGUUUUUGUUGAAAAGGCACCUGAUUUUAUGUCCAACAACUUGUGGAAGAGUUGACAAAGAAUCCAGGUCCAAGAGCACUACUUUCUUUUCUCUGUGUAGGAUGUGCAAAACUAUCUUGUUUAUUUGGGUGUGUCUUUACUUUGUUCGAGUCUUGAAAGUGUGAGUGUGCAAAACUAUAUCAACAAUGUUCCGUUUUUUUUUUC